AUGCCAGCAAAGUCCCUCCCCAAGAGGCCACAGCAAACGUCUCGAGAGCACUGCACCACCGGAGUUGCGAUGGACAAGAUCAUCGGCAAGCGUCAAGUCUUCGCCCCCACAAGCCAAGGGGGGAUCCGAUUCAGUCAUCUGCAAGUUCUCUUCCAAAACGACAAUCAGUUCUUCUUGGGACACCUCCGUCAGCGGCAGUGCACUGAAGUAGAGGAAAACGAUCUUUACAACGUCACAAUGAUACCGCCCGACUGUUAUCGUCCAGCCUUGCCCCCGCACACCACAUUGCUCCAUUGCGCGACGCCCUCAGUCUACAUCAAGACGCCCAACCUGGAGCACUACACAUCUCCAGCGAGCAUAAGCGUUCCUCUGCUUCGCGAGAUUGAGGUCUGCGAGGUGCUUGCCAAGCAUCCGCAUCCAAACGUGGCGACGUACCUAGGUUGCAAGGCUUCGGGCGGCCGUCUGGAUGGCAUUUGCUUUCAGCUUUACCCUCGCAACCUAAUGCGUGCCGUCAACCCAGGCAGCUUGAAUAAAUUGGCGCUUCUGGAGCAGCGCAAUUGCUCCGUCGAGGCCGCAGAGAGGUACCUGGCUGGCAUCGAGGCCGGCAUAAAACACCUACAUGCCCUGGGCUAUGUGCACAACGAUAUUAACCCGAUGAAUGUCAUGAUAACGGAACACGAUACGCCUGUUAUUAUCGACUUUGAUAGCUGCGUCAAAGUCGGUCAAGGCUUGGACAAUGUCAAGAGGACCUAUGGUUGGCACGACAGGGAAGUAAAGGUGGCGGUGGAAAGCAACGAUCUGAAUGCACUGGAGGAAAUGCGGAUCUGGCUGACGGGCACUUGUGCAGAUGAUUUCCAAUAUCCUGCGUGA